ACAUAUUUCUACAAUAAAAAAUAGCCCAAAAAUCUGGAAAAAAAUCAGAUAGAAUUACUCAACAAAAAAUGGUGAAAUUGAUUCUAUUUGUGAAUUUGAUUUUGAUUUUUAUCAUUUCUGUAAAUUCUCAAAUUCCAUAUGGAUUCUGGUACAGCGGCGAUGGCGAAAUCGAUUUAACAAAAUCAAUAGUAAUCGAAGCUUUUUUAGAUCCAGUUUGCCCAGACAGUAGAGAUUCAUGGCCGCCUCUGAAAAAAGCUCUGCAUCACUACGGUUCUCGUGUUUCUCUUGUUGUUCAUACUUUUCCUUUGCCUUACCAUGACAAUGCAUAUACUACCUCGCGCGCGUUGCACAUUGUCAAUAAGUUGAAUUCUUCUGCCACAUACAGAUUACUAGAGGCUUUCUUUGAUCAGCAGGACAAGUUUUAUAACCAUGCGACGUUCAACUUGUCCAAAGCAUCUGUUGUAGAUGAAGUCGCAAAAUUUACAUCAAAUGAAAUUGGGAAUUCGAAUUACGCUGCUAUAAAGGCUGGAUUUUCUGACCCCAAAACUGAUCAAGCAACAAGAAUUUCCUUCAAGUAUGGUUGUAAGAAAGGCGUAUAUGGGGCACCUUUUUUCUUCGUAAACGGGUUUCUUCUACCUGAUGGUGGCUCACCAUUGGACUACAAAACAUGGAGAGAUGUCCUUGAUCCAUUGAUUCCACCUGAAGAACAAUCAAGGACUGAAAAUUUGAAUUUCUUCUUGUGAAUCUGCACUCAUUAUCACCUAAGGUUCUGAGCUAGAGAGACAAAUUAAACCCAAUAGUUCUUAUGUGUAGUUAUAUAAUGAAGUUUAUUACUUCUAUAUCUUAUGGUUUUCCUUUAGCGUCUAUCAAAAACAGCCUGUCUAUCGUUGGGAAUAGGGGUAAGGGUCUAUAUUAUAAUCUACCCUCUCUAGACAUGACUUUGUGUAACUACAUUAGGUAUGUUAUUGUUGUUCUUAUAUAUCUUAUGGUUAUGGAAAUGAAAAUACUAAUUUGAUGGUGAAA